GUCAGUGGUGCGAGCACGAGUCGCAGAGAGGGGACAGAACGCGCGGAUUUCGUUCGGGGCGUUGGCCUUGGCCGCUCGCUCGCUGUUUGAUGCGCUGCGGCUGCUUCCUCCGCCCGCCCACCACCACCCGAUGGCGCUCCUCGCCACCACCCCACCAUAUACUAUAACGACGCGCACGUCAGCGGCGACCCCGUGCUCCGCCUCCUCUUCCAGAAGCCGCUCCCUCCGCGCGCCAGGGAGAUCCGCCGCCUCCCGGGCCCCUCGCGCCAUGGCCGCCCCCGGAGCUGAUUCCGCCGCCGUGGCUGCGGCUGCUACCGGUGGCUCUGCUCCCCCGUCCCUGCUCGUAUUCUCAGGCGGAACAGCAUUUAAUGGUGUUGUGGAAGAGUUGAAGAAAGUGACUACUCAAGUUGUGCAUGUCCUCCCAGUUUCUGAUGAUGGUGGAAGCACAGCUGAGAUUGUUCGCGUGCUUGGUGGACCUGCUGUGGGAGACAUAAGAUCAAGAUGCUUGAGACUGUCUGAUGAAAGCACUUUAGAAGCCCUCUCUGUUCGGAGAUUGCUUGGGCACCGUUUGCCUCUUGAUUCUUCAGAAGCAAAGCUGGAGUGGUACCAGAUUGUGGAAGGGGAACACUCAUUAUGGGAUGGUGUCUCUCGCCCCUACAGGGAAACAAUCCGUGCUUUCUUGGUCUACUUCCAUAGCGAGAUCCUUCGGCGAUCAGUUGAAACGUUUUGCUUCACCAAUGGCAGCAUUGGGAAUUUCUUUUUUGCUGGCGCUCGCAUAUUCUUCCAGUCUUUGGAUGCUGCGAUUUUUUUGUUUUCCCGUGUGUCACAAAUCCCUGCAGAAAGUCUCGUGCUUCCAGUGAUAUCCACAAAUGACAGGCUUACUCUGGGAUGUGAACUAUGGGAUGGGACUAUCAUUCGGGGCCAAAAUGAAAUAUCGCAUCCAAGCAAUGGCCACAGAGAAGUUGUUAACAAGGACUGUAAUUCAUGCACUGCUCUUCCUUCAAGCAUCAAGCGUGUCUUUUACAUGUCAAGUGAAGGUAGCAAUCUGUUGCAUGAGGUCUUUCCUCAAGCUAACCAAACAGUUUUAGAGCAGUUAAGUAAGGUGGAUUGCAUUGUAUAUGCCAUGGGAUCACUAUUUACAUCAGUUUGUCCAUCACUGGUACUGCGUGGCAUUGGUGAGACUAUAGCAUCGCGAUCCAUUCCGAAGGUACUUCUUUUAAAUGGAUCACAUGAUAGAGAAACUAUUGGGCUGUGCGCUUCUGGCUUUGUGACUGCAAUUACGGAUUCUUUAAAUCGUACAUAUGGUGAUCCUGACAAAAGUCUAAAGAAUCAUCCCAAAGACUAUGUGAAUGCCAUAUUGGUACCCAUAGGAGGCCAAAUUCCUUUAGAUGUUGAAAAUUUGGCGUCUAAAGGAAUUUUUCAUGUGAUUACCGUGGAGUCCGUAGUGGAUGAAAAGGUUGGCGUUAUAUUUGAUCCGCAGUCGUUAAUCCAAGCUCUGACCGGUCUGAUACCUGGGCAGAUGGAUUCUCUGCAACCUGAUUGUCUAACAGAAAAUGCAAAGUUUGCAUGCUGAAUCUUGAAUAGUGAACUUAAUUUUAGGUAUGCAUGCCAGUCCUAGUAUAAUCAUGUUUUACACGUCAGUGAUCCAGUUUCACCAAGUGUUGCAAUCUUGCACGAAAUGACACAGUUGGAGGGGUAAAACCUAAUAGAUGCACUGCAUAAUCUUCUCCUCGAACAAAUCAUCAUUUCUUCUGAUUUAUUUCAGUAUGUUUUCUGGUCAAUUAAUGGCGAUGGUUCAAGACUAAA